AAACAUUUCUUUCUCGUGAUCAUUCAAGAUCAGGACAUUAAAUUUUACUGGACGGCAAGAAAAGUCACAGGCUGAAUACGGCUGGACACAAGGAGAGAAUUUUCGAAAAAAUAACAAUUAUAAUAGACAUCAAACUCUAGGUAUUUUCAAGGAAAUUUUAAAUUUUAUUGACUCUGAAAACCAUCUAUCACUUGGGAUAUGACGAGGUAUGGAUAAAAAUGGCGAUAAUUUGGAACUUCAAACACUGUUGAACGGAAAAGAGGAAGAACAAAUCAAUGGGGGAGAAAAGCAGAAAAACUCUUCAGCUGUUAAUGGAGAAGAUGAACAAUAUUUAUUCUGGAGAAAAGCAGCCAUAUCUAUUUCUUGUGCUUCAGUAGUUUUCACCACAGCGUUUGGCGGGACUUUUUUCGUGUUCUCUCAAAUUGCUGGAAGCCCUGCAGCUUUCGGAUUUGCUCUUGCAGCUGUGUUGGAUUCUCUUAGUUCCUUGGUUGUGCUGUGGAGAUUUUCCGUAAGAGAGAGUCAAGAGACAAAUUCGUUUGAACGAGAAAGAAGGGCAUGUAUAGCAAUCGCAACCUGUUUUAUCAUUUCAGCCUUUGCUAUAGUGGCUAAAGCACUGUAUACGUUAGUAGUGGACAGUAAACCAAGUAAGGUAUGAACUAUGUUAACGAGUCCGGAACCUCUACAAUCUAUCUAGAGGAAUAAGGAGGUAUUAUUGUCUUGAUGUAAAACGAAGUUAUCAAGGUCGACACACACUAGGGGAUGUGUUGCAGCGACAAUUUACCUCAAGUAACAUGCCUAUUUUUGCUGCGAAAAAUGUAUGACAGUCAGUAACAAGAGUUAAGUUUUCCAUCAGCAAGCAAGAGCAAAAGCUGAACAAUGAUCUCACGUUAUAUUAGUAUUUAUACGACUUGUGUGACGCAGCGACGGAGGUAGGGUAGGAGGUGAGUAGCAAGGGCGAUUUCGGAUUCCGUGUCAGAGUCUAUGCUGUAUUCUCGGGAAACAUUUGACUCCCAAAGUGCCUCUCCACCCCACCCCCACACCCC